GGUGUUGGGAGUAAAAAUCUGGUUUGGUGAGUUUAAGGCAGGGAGUAGUCCGGAGACAACCUUGCUACUGUGAGUGUGGAGAGAAAGAGAGGAGGGGGGGGAGGAGGAUAAUAAAAACCACCCAGGCUGGAGAUUAGAGACCAAUUUUUCCCCUGUCCGAGUUUCAGUGCGUGUUGCUGAGCUCCGCAGCCUUAUCGAGCUUGCAGGCAGAAAGCCGGGUCUGGGGUGCCGGAGCUGCGCGGUGCCGGCAGAGAGCUCAGCUCAGCGCCCUGGAAUGUGCGGCUUAGGGCAGGGGCGAGCAGGGGCUUUGGCUUAGCUGGUACUAAUUGCAAGUUUUAGCCCUCAAAAACUCUGGUUAAAAAAAAAAAAAAAAAAAAAAGAAAGAAAAAAAAACCAAAAAAAAAAACCAAACGAGCAAAGAAGCAAAGAGCCAAGAGAGGGGGUUAAGAUUGGGAGAGCUGUUGCUCCAAGCAGCAGUGCAAGGAGUUGCUCAACUCUCACUCAGCAGCGCGGUAGGAAGGACAAUGCAUUAAGGUCGCUACCCCAAAACGCCGCGGCCGCCGCUGCGAAUGGUGCUGGGCGCUGAGGUGGGCUCCAGGUUUUAUCACGCUGUGAAUGAGUUUGACACCAUGACCGCUGAGGAUUCCACUGCAAGGAUGAGCAAUGAUUCCACUAAUGUGGCCACCACAAAAGUGCCCGAAGGCGUUGCCGGUGCGCCCAACGAGGCGGCUCUGCUGGCCCUCAUGGCCCGCACUGGGUACAGCAUGAUCCAGGAGAACGGGCAGCGCAAGUACGGAGGGCCUCCUCCCGGCUGGGAGGGCCUGCACCCGCCGCGCGGCUGCGAAGUCUUCGUGGGCAAAAUCCCCCGCGACGUCUACGAGGAUGAGCUGGUCCCCGUGUUCGAGUCUGUGGGCCGCAUCUACGAGAUGCGCCUGAUGAUGGACUUCGAUGGGAAGAACCGUGGCUACGCCUUCGUGAUGUACACCCAGAAGCACGAGGCGAAGCGCGCCGUCAGGGAGCUGAACAACUACGAAAUCCGCCCCGGCAGGCUGCUGGGCGUCUGCUGCAGCGUGGAUAACUGCCGGCUCUUCAUCGGAGGCAUUCCCAAGAUGAAGAAGAGAGAGGAGAUCCUGGAAGAGAUUGCCAAGGUGACAGAAGGCGUGCUGGAUGUCAUCGUGUAUGCCAGCGCCGCAGACAAGAUGAAGAACAGAGGCUUUGCCUUUGUGGAGUAUGAGAGCCAUCGAGCAGCAGCCAUGGCCAGGAGAAAACUCAUGCCAGGAAGGAUCCAGCUGUGGGGACAUCAAAUUGCUGUUGACUGGGCAGAACCAGAGAUAGAUGUGGAUGAAGAUGUCAUGGAGACUGUUAAAAUCUUAUAUGUGAGGAAUUUAAUGAUUGAGACCACAGAGGACACCAUUAAAAAGGUGUUCGGUCAGUUUAACCCUGGCUGUGUAGAGAGAGUGAAAAAAAUCCGUGAUUACGCCUUUGUGCACUUUACAACCAGGGAAGAUGCCAUUCAUGCCAUGAACAACCUGAAUGGUGUUGAACUAGAGGGCUCGUGCCUGGAGGUUACCUUGGCCAAGCCUGUAGACAAGGAGCAGUACACUCGCUACCAGAAAGCAGCAAAAGGAGGGGCUGCAGCAACCUCCGAAGUAACGCAGCAGCCUAACUAUGUUUACUCUUGUGAUCCAUACACACUGGCAUACUAUGGAUAUCCAUACAAUGCCUUGAUCGGGCCCAACAGAGAUUACUUUGUGAAAGCAGGCAGCAUACGAGGCAGAGGGCGAGGUGCAGCUGGCAACAGAGCUCCGGGUCCCAGGGGCUCCUACCUGGGGGGAUACUCCGCUGGCCGUGGAAUCUACAGCAGGUACCAUGAAGGCAAAGGAAAGCAGCAAGAGAAAGGAUUCGAACUGGUUCCCAACUUGGAGUUACCUGCAGUCAGUCCAGUGGCCAUUAAGCCUGGUGCAGUGGCCAUCCCUGCCAUUGGUGCCCAGUACUCCAUGUUUCAGGCCGCACCACCAGCCAAGAUGAUGGAAGAUGGCAAAAUCCACACUGUUGAGCACAUCAUCAACCCCAUAGCUGUCCAGCAGGACCCAGCUAGUGCAGCAGCUGCCGCAGCGGCCGCAGCCGCAGCUGUAAUACCAGCUGUGUCAACACCUCCUCCCUUCCAGGGCCGCCCCAUCACGCCGGUGUACACCAUGACUCCCGGCGUGCAGCGCAUCCCUGCCGCCGGCAUUUACGGGACAAGUUACGUGCCCUUCGCGGCGCCCGCGGCGGCCACGGCCACAAUAGCCACGCUACAGAAGAACGCGGCCGCCGCCGCCGCCGCCUACGGGGGCUACGCCGGCUACAUCCCGCCGGCAUUCCCGGCCGCCACCAUCCAGGUGCCCAUCCACGACGUCUACCCCACGUACUGACACUGUCGGAGGAGGAGGGUGCUGGGGAAACACACACUGAAGGAACACUUUACUAUUUAUGAAGAAAGAACUGUUCGCGAAAGAGUAAACAUUUGGGCUUGGUAAAACAAUGCAGAAAGUGAAGAAUGUCAUAGAAAAACGUGUUUGAAAUAUUUUCUAUGCUUGAAGUUUUCACUAACUUUUUUAGGCUAUUUUUAAAAAUUUAACAUGCCUGUAUUCA